AUGCGGGAGGGGUAUGUCGCAGUCGACAGAAUGCACUGCACGGCGGCUUUGUCUGCUUGCACCUUACCAGCCUCCUGGCCCUUCGCCGUGGAAAUCCUGGGGAUGGUGCAGGCAGCUCAGAUCCAGGCAGAUGUGGUCUUGUACAGCAGCGCGAUCAGCGUGCUGAGUCGGGCAAGGUGGCAGCUUGCUGCAGAGCUCUUCUGGAACCUCGGGGCCAUGCGAAUUCCCAGCGACAUCACGGCUGUCACAGCCGCCUUGCAUGCCUACUCCACAGGGACGCGCUGGGAGGCCUGCGCCUGGCUCCUGAGCCACACGAGGAACUGGGAUUCCGUGGCCUGUACCACGGCAAUCAGCUCGUGCGAGAAGGCUCGGCGCUGGGAGGUGGCCCUGGGCUUCUUCGCCACUGCUGUGGCUCAAGGAAUCCGCAGGGAUGCGGCCAUGUACAACGCCACCAUUGCCUGCUCUUCUCAGGGCGGGUUGGGAUGGAUUGGAGUGCUUCGGCUAGUGCAUGAGAUGACACGAGAGAGUAUCCAGAAAUCCACCACCACCUGCAACUCUGUGCUAACAGCUCUGGAGCGACUGGGUUGCUGGGAGCAAGCGCUGGCGUUCUUCAGGGAGAUGCCUGGCUUCUCCCUUCUCCCAGAGCUGAUCUCCUACAACGCGACGAUGACAUCCUUUGAAAAGGAGAGCCGCUGGGAAGAAGUCCUCUCUCUUCUGGUGGAGGCGAAAUCUCGCAGAAUGGGAGAUGGCAUCAGCUACAACUGCUGCAUCGCU